UCAGUACGAACUCAGCUGGCGUGCGAUACGUACUGCUCCCACACCGGGCAACAACUUCGCGCAGCGGCAAACUUGGCUGUACAUCUUGACAUUUCAAAAAGUGAAUAAAAAUAAAAUAAUACUCUAUGGUCAACACUGGCUGGUUAUAAUAUUUUUUAUGCGCAAAAAACUGUAAACUGUUCGAUAUUUAAAAACUUUCAAAGUGCGUGUUUUAUUAUUUUAUUUCACCAGUACUUUUGCUUCCAAUCAUCAUAAUUGUUGUGAUGAUUUUAUUUCUUAAACUCUAGAUACAGUGGAAAGUAUUGGAUAAACUUAAGUAGUACUGCUUAAAAGUUUACUUUGAAGUUUUUGGAAGUUUUCAACGAGUUUCACCUGAAAAAGAUGGGCUGGGAGACACCUCAAGUUUUAUCCAUAAAAACUUGCGGGUGAACCGUAUCUUCGUUCAUCGACUACGCAGGAUGGGGUCACUCCGAUAGCUAGAAAAUAUGAACCAGCUAUGUCUCUAAAUGGCACUACGUACGUCGGGGGAGGAGUGCUCAUCCUCACCAGGACACUCACCGGCGAAUCCGUCGAAGUCCUCGACGAGCCAAAAUCCAACAAAACGAUAGACAUCAUCGAUGUGAAAUUAGUGCAAGUCGCCUUCUGCGUGCUCUAUACCAUGAUAUUCCUCCUUGGUGUCUUCGGAAAUGUUCUCGUCUGCUAUGUCGUCUUCAGGAACCGAGCUAUGCAAACAGUGACAAAUCUCUUUAUAACAAACUUGGCGCUCUCAGAUAUUCUGCUCUGUGUAUUCGCCGUGCCUUUAACGCCAAUGUACACGUUUCUGGGAAGAUGGGUUUUCGGAAGACUACUCUGUCACCUGAUGCCAUACGCCCAAGGAACCAGCGUCUACAUAUCAACAUUGACACUAACGUCUAUAGCAAUAGACAGAUUCUUCGUCAUAAUAUACCCUUUCCAUCCAAGAAUGAAACUUAAUACGUGUAUUUUCAUUAUUGUCUUCAUAUGGGUGUUCUCUUUAGUGGUGACUUGCCCCUAUGGGCUUUUUAUGGGCAUCCAGACAACCAAUAACAAGACCUAUUAUUGCGAAGAAAGUUGGCCGUCUGAUAGAUCAAGGAAAAUUUUCGGAGUCUUCACCACAGUUUUACAGUUUCUCAUACCCUUCCUUGUGAUAGCUGUGUGCUACACAUGCGUAAGUAUUAGAUUGAAUGACCGAGCUCGAACUAAACCCGGAGCCAAGACUACUAGGAGGGAGGAAGCUGAUAGAGACAGGAAAAGAAGAACGAACAGAAUGCUCAUAUCCAUGGUCGCGAUAUUCGGCAUCUCAUGGCUUCCACUGAACCUCAUUAACAUAUUCAACGAUUUCUACGCUCAGAUGACUGAGUGGAAUUAUUACUUCGUCUCCUUUUUCCUCGCACAUUCCAUGGCGAUGGCAUCGACGUGCUACAACCCUUUCCUUUACGCCUGGCUGAACGAAAAUUUUAGAAAGGAAUUUAAACAAGUCUUGCUUUUCGAAUCAAAUGGCGGAGUCAGAAAUAGUUACCAUUCAGGUCGAAUGCCAACUCAUAAAUCUGAUAAAAAUAUUUGUAAUGGCAAUGAAACAAUUCAAGAAACUUUGUUGGCGUCCUCUUUUAAUAGAGGGCCUUCAAUAAAGCAGCGGCUCGAGGGACUCGAGAAGAAAGACAAUGGCGUCGAAGUUGAAAACAUUAUAUUGGAGGACAAGCCAAUCUCGGCGACAUUUCACACCAAGACUGAAAAUGUUAAUUUGCAUUUAAUUCACGAGGAAUCGCAAUUCAGCGACCCGAAAGAAACGAAGUCGCCGACGUAAAUAAUCAUCCAAAUCUUCAACAACGACUUGUAAACGAAUAACAUCCAUAGAGUCACUGUGAAUAUUGUAUUAAUAAUAUUUGAAAUAGGUUUUGUGAUUUUUCGCUUGGUGUUACGAAGCUAUUGUUGUUUAAUGUAGUUCAAAUACUAUGUAAAUAUUGUACAAAAUACAAUAUGUAAUAUAGUAGAAUGAGAUAGAGAAAUGUUUAAUGUAUUAUAUAAUGUCUAGAGCAAGUAUCCGAAGGCCUACGAACUCUUUAUAUUUAUGUAAAUAUAUUUUAACAUAAUAUACGAUUUGUAUUUUUUAAUAAACUUAAUAAUGAGCCCUGUUUCAAGCGUGGCAAUUGUCGAUGUACAGUUUGCUUUGCGACGUUCCGUUUUACGUAAUUCCGUAGUUAACUUACGUAAAUUGGAACAUGUCACGUUUGAGAUAUACUAGUUUAUUAAAGACACAAAUCAAUUUAUAGAGAAAUUGUAUAGAUAAUAAACAUAAGAUAUGUUGUAAAUAAGAUAUUGUUAAUCCGCUUUCAUUAGUCAAAUGAUUAUAGUAAUUAGUUGGUAUGUAACUGUUGUACGAAUAAAUGAGGUUAAUUGGCUGUUUUGUA